AUUUUGGUUUAAAUAUAUUCAUCAACUAUUUAGCACUAUUUAUUUAUCACUGAUGGAAAAAGUUCAAUUGAAUAUUAUAAUGUCAAUUUUCCUACUGUGCUUGAGACGAACAAACCCCGCUCUCCGCGCAACAAACCGAAGCGGACGCAACACACCUUGCAGACACAAGGCGCACAGGUCCCGCCUGUGUCCCCCUGUUGGUAGAGGCAGUAAAAAUUGUCAUUUUCACGGCGCUCCCGUUUGAGGAUUGGCCCGGUGGCUUGUCAGUAGUCUGCUCUCUAGAGUGCCGGAGACAUUCAGACGGAGAUACGAGAGAAAGGAGUGAGAGAAGGGUAAACGACACACUGCCAUACACACGCACGCACAAGGGGAGACGAGACGCGACACGAGACAGGAACUGCAAACGAGCUGAAACAGCCACGGAGGUCAUGCAGUCAGCGGACGAGGGAUCCUGUGUCUCCAAAAUCUGUAGGCAGCGGAGCCCCUACAGCGCCCUUAAGACCUUCCCCAGCAAGCGGGCGGCGGGAAAGGCGAGAUAUGACAGACCCACCAUGGUGGCAAUCCCGCAUCUGGGAGGAGGCGGGGGCGGGCAUCAUUUUCAAUAUCUUAACCCCCACCAUCAGCAUCUACAGCACCUACAGCAUCACCAGCAUUCCCUCGCCAGCAACAACGAGCACAACCACAUAUCCCAGCGCUUUCCAUAUGAGAACGGGCCCAGCUUCAGAGUCGCGACAUCUACAUCAGCAUCAGCUUCGGCGGCGACGGCGGCAACGUCGACAGACAGUCCGCGGAGGGUCGGAGGCACAGCUGGGCACCAUGUCUCCACGCAUCCGGCAGGUAGCGCCGCAUCAUUUCAAGAUCCCACGGACUGCAACCAAGGGCUAAGCGCAGAGAGCCGGCUGAUCCUGGAUGUCUUUGCUCAGCAGUGCAGUCGGGUGUUGACCCUGCUCAACAGCAAUGGCAAACUCCUCGACCCCGCCCCUCCCUCCAGCUCGCCCGCGUCGGCUCUGAUGUCCCGCAUCAAGCAGGAGGAGGGCGGCUACCCGGGGGUGGACCGCACCGGGGGCCCCUGCCAGUCGGGGGACCCCAAGACUCAGGAGGCGGGGCCUGAGUCCCACCACGCCCCCCACAGGAAGCAGCAGCAGACCUCUGCCUUCCUUCAGGCCUUCACCGAGUCGCUUCAGAACUACCUGACGAACCCCGGCCCCGCCCACAGCCACGCCCCUGGUCCCGCCUCAGGCGGGGAAUACUGCCACCCCGCUGACCCCGACCCCCUUUCUGCAUCCCCAACUCACACCCUGGGGGGCUGGACCUCCCCCACCCCCUCCGAGUCCCAUGGGCACCCUUCCUCCACCCUGCCGGAGGAAGAGGAGGAAGAGGAGGGCUGCUGUCCCCGCUGCCUGGAGCUAGAGCAGGAGGUGCUGUGCUUGCAGCAGGAGAACGAGGAACUGCGGCGCAAGCUGGACAAUGUGCCAGUUCCCUGUCAGACUGUGCUGGACUUCUUCAAGAGGGUUCUUCUGCACAACAACCAGUUUGGGCAGCCAGCUUCCCCAGAGGAGCAGUUGACAGAGGGCAGUAAGCAGCUCCUGGGGAACUACCCCGUCUUCAUCACCAACAAGCAGUGGGACGAGGCGGUCAACUCCUCCAAGAAGGACGGGCGUCGGCUCCUGCGCUACCUGAUCCGCUUCGUCUUCACCACCGACGAGCUCAAGUACUCCUGCGGCCUGGGCAAGAGGAAGCGCUCGGUGCAGACCGGCGAGGCCGGGCCCGAGAGACGCCCGCUCAACCCCGUCAAGGUCACCUGCCUCAGAGAGUUCAUCCGCAUGCAUUGUGCCUCCAACCCGGACUGGUGGAUGCCCUCUGAGGAGCAGAUCAACAAGGUGUUCAGCGAUGCGGUGGGGCACGCGCGGCAAGGCCGGGCCGUGGGCACCUUCCUGGGCAGCAGCGGCAGCUGCAGCAGCGGCGGCAGUGGCAGCUUCUACCUGGAGAGCAUGGACGGCCACCUGUCCCAGGACGAGCUGUUCCUGCGCGGCUCCCAGGAUGGCGAUUGAGAGGGCGGGCCAGCCUGAAAAGAGGCCAGACUGACUGAGUACGAGUCUUCCCGUUUCCUGAUGCUGGAACUCUGGAAUUCUGGGAAAUAGGUGAGGCUCGGUUAACAUUCCGGUGCAGCCCCAUCCGAACCCGGAAGGGGAAAAAUGCUGAAAUUGUCUUUUAAUUGUCUUUUUUAAAUCUCUUCUUGUCCUUCAUCUCAUUGGGAAAGUUUUUUUCUUUAUAGUGAGUGAAAGAAAAUGUGUCUGGAGUUCAUGCGUGUUCAAAGACAUGGAGUGUUGUAUGGUUACACUGCCAUUAUUAUCAUGUCCAUGGACUGGAUUAAGCGCUGCUAAGAGUUAGCCAAGAUAUAGCAAAUGAAAUUGAAUUGGAUUAAAAUUUCAUGAGUAACAUUCCAGUUUAGAAUGUACAAUUCUGACAUUAUUCAAGUUCAUCUGAGUGUCAGUUUAAAUCAAGUUAUCCCAGGUAAAAUCUUCUUUCUCACCUUGUUGCUGAAAGUGUGGCAUCAGAUUUCUAUGCCACAGACUAAGUCACAGUAAUGUUAUAGUGUAAGAUAGUAUUGCGCAAUGUUCUGAUAAUGUUGCGCAAGGCCUUUUGGGCAGGGCUGAGGGACCUCUCUGUUAAUCUCUGCAUUGGCAAAAUCUGUGAAGAUGCGGAAAAACACACGUCCACUACUGCAUGUUCAUAGCAGAGUACACCACACAAGCUUUGAACUACUUUAAAGGAGCUAUGUCAGACAGAAACAACAGGAAGCAGACUGCUUAUUAAUGUCUGGCUUCCAUCAAAGUGCCACUGGGUUCAUCAAAGCCUUCUCCUGCUGGUGCCCAGGCCUCUGAGCCAAGCAACGUAAACACAGGUGUUUGGGGUCUACGCCCCCUGCCCUGCCUGUUCUCACACACCUCAUUACUGCACGGACAGUUUCCUUUGGAGUUUCGUUUGUAAUUCACCAAUGAAAAUACCUUACGAGGGUCUUUCACACCUCUCAUAGUCUUGGCUGUCAAGAACCUUCUGGAAGCUCGGCCCUCGAAACGUGCCAUUUCCAUUACCAAUAUCUUCCUUCGUCUUGCUGGAUAUGAGCUGCUAAUUCCGAAAAGACCUCUCAAAGCAGUAUUAAGUGGUAUAUGAACAUUAUUCAUUAUUAACUAUAUAUUUCCUUUAACAUGAAUUUAAUACAGCCCCUCAUAGGAAAAGUCUCAUCUGUAUAUACACUGUGGGUGCUGUCAAGCUAGCUGGACAAGCCAGAUGGACAACAUCACAUUGUAGGUUGUCUGAUCGUUUUACCCAUUCAUUUACUAUUCAGAUGAUAGUAAUUUAACCUUUACACAACCUCUGAUUCCAGAAAGGGAAAUAAGUGUAAUUAGGUGUCUAUUGUGCUGUAUAUAACCAGUUAAAGGAUAGAAUGUUUUGUGCUUUUUCCUCAUAUGGAAGUGUUGUUCAGACAAUAUCUGCAAGCAUCACAUACUGUAAAUUAUUGGGCCUCUCUCAGCUUCUAUACAAUCGUGGCUUUUCUUUCUUUUUGUUUUUGCCAAUGUUUUCAAUCAAAUUAUUUGCAUAUCUAAUGGAUUUGACUGAUUUACUGUUAGGAAUUUAAUUGAUCCUCUAUGAAAAGAGAUCAGUUCCAAUGUUUUUUGCCAUUGGUUCAACACAGAAACUAUCACUGAAUAAAAUGAUUUAUCAAAAUAAUGUCAUUAAUUCAAAGCAAACCUUUAAUUUAAGGUAAUGUUAUUUUGAUAUUUAUAAAUCAAAUCAUUUAAAAAUGUAUAUGCUAGCCCUCUAAAUUAUAAUCAGUGGUUUCACGAUACAGACACACUUCCUCUUUCUAGUUUCCUAUGAAUCUGGCACAGGUGCACAGAAAAAUUGUUAGUGUUCCAUCACCUCUGAGAGUGGUAAAUCUACUCUGUGUAUGAAUCGAAUGGAAACAAUACAAUAUGCACUCUAUUAAAGCUAAGAAUUGCAGAGUUGGUUUUACAGAUUUGUAUGAACAUUUGGUUGUGUGGGACCAAUGAGGCUAUACCUCUAAAGAUCCUCCUAAUGCUGUGAAACAUCUCAGGUCCAGUGGCCUUUCACGCCUUUAUUCGUUUUUAAACAGCUUUUCAGUCCCUUAUUUUAACUUUCACCCGAGUGUGAACACCCCAAUCAUGGCUGUAAGCCAGAUGAAACCACUGCCACAUCCUCUGUCAUUUUGAGAGAAUGGAAACAAGCAACUUUGUCCUUCUAUUGUGCUUCCAGCAGUCACUCAUUUUCGUUCUGCAGGACCCCAACUGACCAGAGGAGUCGCUAUUGAGUGACGAGGCGGGGUAUACCGCGGUAGCUUUAACCUUCCUUCCUGGGGUGACUGUAUGACCAACUAUAUGCCACGUGGUACUACCAGUCACAGCUAGCACAGGGUCAGAUUUUUAUAGUGUAGCUUUGCUCUGAACAACGUCACAUAGCCUCACACUUUCAGCAGCCGUGUCUCUGCUCCAUACUCCCAGAUGCAAUCUGUCAUAGCUCUUAGUUUCCUUCUGCAAUGGCCUCAUACUCCCAGAAACCAUUUUUCUCAACCCAGUGCUCCCAGUUGCCAUCUCUCAUAGCCUCAUACUCCCAGAAGCCAUCUGUUCCGCCCUCAUACUCCCAGAAGCUGUCUCUCAUAGCCUCGUACUCUCGACUCCAUAUGUUCUAUCCUCAUACUCCCAGAAGCCAUCUGUUAUAUUCUCAUACUCCCAGAAGCCAUCUGUCAGAGCUGCAUACUCAAAGGCAUCCUCCUGGAAAAUGUUAUAGAUAUGAAUUCCAGUAUUUGCAGCUAUUAAAAAGAAUAAAUGUGACCAAACACUAUGUACAUUGCAAUAAUAACUUGCAGCCAUCGGAAGCUCUUCAAUAUUGAGGGAACUGUUUUACUGUAUCAUUGACAAGAUUCAUAGAAGUAAAUGAUGCAGUGACUCCAUAAUAGCAAAUUAAGUUGUCACAAAAAGACCUUAAAUCAGUGCUAAGUGGCAUGUUAUGGGACUUUAUAUCUGACACAAUACUGGAUAUGAUAUGUACAAAUUAUUCGAGGAGUAUUUUUCUAUAAGUUGUCAACAGUUACCUUUUUUAUUUCCAAUAUUUAAUAUCAAUGUGCUUUAUGUAUAAGCAGCAGAACUUUCAAAGUCAUUAUUGUCAUUUUUCAUUAUUUGUUUCAUCUCACCCAGGAAACGUCAUAGCAUCUUACUCCAACCAAUCGUCUGGUUUUUGGUUACAGAUGAGUGAGCACUUCUUUCCAUGUAGAAUUUACUGUGGUAGCAGUAUAUGCAAAAAUCUGAAGGUAAUUUAAGACAGUAUCACUCUUUACCCUGCUGAAAGAAGGAUAAAAAUAUGUUAUAGCCCAAAAUGUAUGAGCAAUUGUACCUGCUCAUUAACGCAUUGGCCCAUUCAGCCAAUUCUCAUUUCCAGCACCCCAGGACACAUUCCACAUUCCUUAUUCAAUUAUUUUAGUCCAACAGAUAAGCACAUUAAAUAGGAAUUUUGUGCACGUUGGUACCAAACUAUGAAACUCCCUGUACCUGUGCAACUAUUUAGUGUUGAUCGCUUGGAAAUAUUUAGUAUUUCACAGUAGCCUGCACUGCCCCCUGUUGGCAAAUGAAACUAUUAUACAAAGGUUAUAAAUUAAGUUUAGCUUGAAAAGUAAACAUGCAUGAGGUUUUUAUGCUUCUGUACAAAAGUGCACAAUGAAGUGCCCCUAUCUUUUGGAUUUUUUUAGACUAACUAUAUCAUCAUCAUUAUUUGUAUUUCAAGGCGCACUUGCAUUGAACCAUUAAAAAGGUGCUUUUGGAUAAACCAAAGGUUUUGCAGUAGCUGUUUUAGUCUGUAUGCCGAUAAUGUAUUGUUUCAGUAAAAAAAAAUGGCAAACAAAGUUUACACUGUGCAGGACAUAAAAUGGCUGACACAUUGAAUGUGUCCUUCAUUUUGUAAAAUGUUGCAUUUAGUCAAUAAUCAGUUGAACGUGGCAUUUCAAAACAUAAAAACAGUUUAAGAUAUCGCAUUGGCUAUCUCUUAGAUCUAACUUAAAAUCCAGACUCCAGGAUUUUAAAUUAAGCACUGCCAGUUAUCUGUCAUGACACAUGAUAUGGCAUAUGUACGUGUAUCAAAUCCAAAAUUCAAAAUUCAAUGUAUCAUUUUAUCCAUUUCAUGUAAGUUUUAGAUGUUAGAGGCAAUCCAUUGAACUCAGUAUACACUCCUGCAUCUCUUCCUCUAGAUCAUUUAAGAAAAAACAAGUCUUGCAGUUUGCAAUUUUAUUUUAUAUUUUGUAAUUUGUUGAUAUGUAUUUAAGUUAUUUGUGUUGAUAAUGCAUUGCUCUCUUUGAACAUGUCUGAAAAAUGAAUCCAAAAAGGCCAUGGAUUUGUUUUUGAACUGUAACUGUUUCAAUAAGGGUGAUGCCAUUAUUUUCUCAUUUUGAGACAUCUGUGUCUGUAAUGGGCUGAAGAUUAUUCUUGUCAGAUAAGAAUCUGUUCAUUCAUCUAUUAUACUGCCUUUGUUAAGCAAUUAAAAUUCAAAUUGCUUUAGUAUGGAUAUUUUAUUAUAUGCGUUUUAAUGCAGAUUUGCCUUUUGUUGUAAGCACUUAUGAAUUAAACAGAAAAAAAAUGUUUUCAAAUGAGAGCUGUAUAUAAUAACAACACUGUAUAUAAUAAAAACAAUAUAUAUAUAUAACAUGCCUACACGGUGAUCAUACUGUGUAUAACAGGCUUCCUGUGGGUGUCAAAGGCUGUGUUUCUGCAUUAGGUUCUGUACUGAGGUAAAGUGGAAGUCUACGUUAUGUUCAGGGAGAACGUUGGUCCAUCAUGGAGACUGGCCUGCCUUGGAAAUUCAUCCAAAGAUGCCUCUGUUGUCGUGUUGCCUAAAGUUUAGAAUGACCAUUGUGAAUGUGUUACCAAUUGUUCACUUUCAAACAUAUUUUUAUAAUCUAAAACUGACUGUUCAUGUAAACACUGUGAGCCAAUUAAAGAAUGUUUUUCAAUUUCUGUUACCUUUUUUUCCUGCUGUUGUCUAAUAUUAAUUAUAUAAUUUUGUUUACUGAACUUGAAUCUGGUUAAUGAUUCACAUGUCAUGUAUAAAGGGUGGGUAUAUUAAAAAAAAGAUUUGACUAAUA